AUGUCAUUAAGAAGCGUUGUCGAAAUCGUAACUCAUGUCGAGAGUUUUAGAAACGUCGAUCUCUACUACCAAGGUGUUUAUUUCCUCAGAAUCACUAUCCACAAUGAUGCCCCCCAAGAUGUACACCCAUCAAUCCAUAUUUAGGCUAAUAAAAUCUAUGCCCAUCCACAUGACCCUUGUGAAUCCUAUAAAACCUAUCCAUAAGAGGCUCAACAGAAUGUCAACCCUCCCAAAUACUACGAAACCCAUAUCUUUAGACCAGCCUCCAUAGUUACAUCCAAUUCAGCAUUUUACACUAAAGCAUUUUUCAUUAAGUUUUGCGAAGAGGAAAUUGAACUUAAUGAUAUCUGUAAUUUCAGAAUCGAAUUCGAUGCAGGUCCUAAAAAGGAACAAUCAUUAAUCAUGUAAGUUGAUUUAAUGUUCUUUGAUUGUUUGAAUUCUCAGAAGGAUCAGCCAAAACAAGAACCGCUCUAUACCAAACAAGACAAAGAAGAUUAUGCCAUUCCUGAUGGUAAAAUUUAAGCCACUGCCAAAUUCAAGAUCAAAAAUGUAUUACUACCUAAUCAUCAAUUUGUACCCAUCAUUUUUGAAGACCAAAACUUUUGUCAAGCCAAUAUGGUUGUACAUACCAUUACAUUAGAUUAUCGUUUCCGCACUCAUCCCAUUCAAUUAUUCUAAUUUGCUAGACUCAAAUUUGAAGAACGUAAUCAACUACUUGAAGGAAAAGUGCCAAGUACUCUAGAUAAAAACAAAAAUCAAUCCAAACCUUUAAUUAAUUCUGAUCAAAUCUCAAUGUAUGAGGCCAUUUAAAAACAGUUUAAGGAAAUGAAAGGAUUAGACUAUUACAGUAUGCAAUAAGAAUUUGUAGAAAGCUUAAAAGGCUAUUAUGAAUAGCUCUAUUAACAUUAUAAUUUGAUAUAUUCUAAAUGCAUUUUAGAGAAGCAAAGAAAACAUUUCAAAAAGUAUCUCUAUCCACCUCUUAAAUUAAUUGUCCCUGAAUAUAUAACAAGUGAGACCUAUCAAAACAUGAAGGGAUAAUUAACAAGAAAGGAAUUAAAUCAAAGAAUAGAAGAGAAAUUCCACACUUCUGAUCCUGAAACAAUCAUACAUUCAAUUCUAAAUGAAACCAAUCUGAUAAGUUGUCAACUCUUCUAAAUGUGGAUCAAAGUACUUGAUUUAUAUCGAAUCAGUCCAAGAUUUUGUGUGGCCCUUUUGUAAUUUGAUUACUAAAAGAUACUUAAAAAUAGAUGGCAAUAAUUUUGUAUUAAACAACCACCCCAAUAAUUAUUAGACAAGAAUUUGGGAGUAGAACAUAGAUAGAAAAGUGAGAAAAUGAGAUUAGAAACCAAAGUUCAAGAAUUAGGAGUUGAAGAUUUGAAUUCAUUUCCAAAAACAGAUACACAACCAAUCAUCUUUGAAGAAUUCACUCCCAGAGAAGAUAAAGAUAAAAAUGAAGAAAAUAUAGUAGAUGCAGACAUAACCAAUAGUGAAUAUGACAUUAUGUCAUAUCGAGGCAUUCAUUUGAUAGUACUGGUUCAUGGUUUUCAAGGCAACUCAUAUGACAUGAAAUUAUUUAAGAACUACAUAUCAUUAGCACAUCCUGAAGCCAUGUUUUUGUGUUCAUCAAUAAAUGAAGAAAACACUGAGGGCAACAUCCAAGAAAUGGGAGAAAAACUAGCUACUGAAGUCAUCAAUUUCAUAUCUGAAAAUUGUCCAGAAAAUACUUUAGGUAGAUUAAGCUUUAUUGGACAUUCAUUAGGAGGAGUUAUAAUCAGAGCUUCCUUACCCUAUCUAGAUAAAUACUAAGAUAAGAUGUACACUUACAUUAGUCUUUCAUCUCCACAAUUAGGAUACUAUUAUAAUGCUAGUAAGAUUGUUGAUGCUGGCAUGUGGGUAUUGAAGUAAUGGAGAAAAAGCAAAUGUUUAGAAUAGUUACAAAUGACUGAUAAUAGAAAUAUUGAAGAAACAUGUCUCUAAAAACUUGCCUUGGCUAAAGGAUUCGCUUGGUUUAAAAAUGUCUGCUUUUUCAGUUGCAUCUAAGACAGUUAUGCUCCUUAUGAUUCUGCCAGAGUACAACUCUCAAAAGAGGCCCUUGAAGAUUAGAAGAAUAAACCAUACGUUUAGAUGGUCAAAGCAUUAUUAAGGCAUCUUGAAAACACAAAUGUUUAUAGAAUUGAUGUCAAUUUUGAGAUUUAAGAAAAAAACCUUGAUACACUGAUAGGCAGAACUGCGCAUAUUCAAUUCUUAGAAUGUUAACCCCUAUUAAGAAUGAUUGUCAGUCUAUAUGAUCAAUUCUUCUGUUGAAAAUUUGAUAAUUUAUUAAUUGUUAA